UUGGGGCCAGGGGUAGGAUCUGGGGUGGGUUUGCAUUGGGGGCCAGGAAUAGGCAUGGGCAGGUAAAGGCAGUUAAUGCCCUGGGUGGAGUUCCCAAGGUCAUGGCCAAAGCAGAAGUAGCCGCUUGAUCCUGUUCUCUGGGAUAUUUAAGAUCUUGAACCAUUGAAGCAAAUAGGUUAUGAUUUAUUGAUAAUAAUGAUUAAAGUUGGACUAGUUCCUUUUCCCAAUUUGAAUUCUGUGUCUACUCUCCUAAUAAGAGAGAGAUAAUUUUUAAGUGGAUUUUUUUCAAAGGAUCUGAUCUUGAAGAGCAAAUAUUUCCUCUGUAGACAUUUGCUUCUGGUAUGUUUUGGGACAGCAAAGUGGUGGUUGUAUAAGGCAUUACAUACCCCAGGGGUCUUUGCUAAAGCUCUUAGUGGUGUAUGUAAUAGUUCUGAGGGGAGGAAGACAUGAAAGAAAAUGACUUGACCUUUGGAUGCUAAUUGAAGCCAAAAGCACUUACUCGCUUCAUGGAUAUCCUGGUGAAACCAUUUAAACAAAAGCGCCUCACCGCCAGCGACUGUGAAGCCUUCAGGCAGAGCAGAGAAGGCUCCUGUUCCCUGACACAGCCUUUCAGUCAAAGACGAGUGAGCAGAGAUCUAAACAGAGGCCUCUACCCAACAUACAGGACCAAGAGAUCACAAGAAGGGCAGGGUCAUCAGAGGAGCAUCACUGAUUACUUCAAAGUCACUCAGACACAAAGCACCGGUAACAACACCGCAAUAAGCAAUGAAGUCAAAGAAGAGUCAUUGGAUUCCUUCUUCAUGGACGAUUUUUUGGAGGAUCACUGUGCCCCGCUUGAAUGCGAGGGGGACACUAACCCAGCUCCCUGGGAUCCUGCGGCCUCUAGAAAACGACCUCACUUCUCAGAAGCAGCUGCCAGCUAUUCUACGGGAUCCAGUAAACGUGCUGGGACUGAUAAAAAGCCUGCGACGGACAGUACCCGCAAGUAUUCUCCAGGGCAUCCAGAAAUCAAACAAGACCCUGAUGUCAUAGAAAUUGAUUUCCUAGAAAUUGAUCCAAUUCCUGAUGCAUGGUUUGGGCUUCUAGGAACGUCCUGCGGUAAAGAACCCCAGGGACACAUUGAUCAGCUGCCCAGUGAAGUCCUAAGCAUUAUCUUUGCUUUCCUCCCUGUGACUGAUCUCUGUCUGAACCUGAGCUUGGUGUGCCAUCGCUGGAGAGAGAUUGUCAGUGAUCCAAAGUUUAUCCCAUGGAAAAAGCUGUACCAUCAGUACCUCAGGAAGGAGGCCCACGCUCUGCUCACAGUAGAAUGGAUUCUGGAUCGUUAUGGAAUAACCCAAGAGCAGGAUCAGUGCCUGCUGGGGUUUAUAAGAUAUAUAGCUGCCUCCAACGCUGACCGGAGAACGGAUCCUGCGGCGGUUCUGAGGUGCUUGAAAUCACACCCUCUGUUUCCCAAGGCAGAAAUAUGCAUCAUCAAGAGACUGCCUGAUUUGGAGGGUACCGUGGGGGCUGUGAACGCGUGGGCCGUGAUGGCAGCGAUCGUGCUGUUCUCCGACGGCGUGCGUGACAUCCAGAAGCUGAUGGCUUGUCUUAGGAGACCAACCUCUACCCUUUCAUUCCUGGACGUCACUGAGACCUUGUACUGCAUGGCCAUGCUGCUGAAUGCCAUGAGAGAGAAGGGCAUCAGUAUCAGUAACAGGAUUCACUACAGCAUUUUCUACUGCUUGUAUUUGAUGGAAAACUCUUGCCCUGUUACGCAGACAAGCAAGCUGGAAACAGUCGGUUCAAACAGCAGAGGACGCGCUUGGCCCAGCAAUACGCUUGAUAUAAAACUCACCCAUGAACAGCAAAGGAUCCUAAACCAUGCCAUCUUGCCUGGUCAAAUAGUGAAAAUUAUGGCAUUUGCAGGGACGGGGAAGACCUCGACUUUGAUCAAAUAUGCAGAGAAGUUUCCCCAUCUCAGCUUUCUGUAUGUGGCAUUUAACAAGGCCAUCGUCGAUAAUGGGAAGAGCAUCUUCCCCUGUAACGUCACCUGCAGGACUUUCCAUUCGUUGGCGUACACGAGUGUCGGCAAACACUAUAAAGAAAAAGGAAAACUGAAUUUUUCCAAACUGUCUCCCUACAUGAUCAGCUUCCUACUGAAACACCGCCAGGGGCAGUCUCUCUUCGUAAGAGCAAAGACAGUAGCUCAGACACUUGAAAGCUUUUUUGCUUCUUCAGAUGAAUUGAUAUCGGUGGAGCACACCCCCAUAUGGUGCAAAAACACACACGGAAUGAGGGUCUUAGUCUCUGAAGAGGAGAAGAAAGUCAUUGUUGAAGAAGCAAGACGGAUCUGGGACAACAUGAAAGCGCUACAUGGAUAUACAGAACUGAAUUGUAAAAUGACGUGGGAUGGUUACUUGAAGCUUUGGCAGCUUAGCAAGCCACGCCUCUUUGAAUAUGAUGCCAUAUUUGUGGAUGAAGCCCAAGAUUGUACCCCAGCCAUCAUGGACGUUGUGCUGUCCCAGACGUGUGGAAUAAUCUUUGUAGGAGACCCUCACCAACAGAUCUACACCUUCCGAGGUGCUGUCAACGCCCUCUUUGCAGUGCCGCACACCCACAUCUUCUUUCUCACGCAGAGUUUCAGAUUUGGCCCUGAAAUAGCUUAUGUUGGAGCUACCAUCUUGGAUGUCUGCAAGAAAAUCCGGAAUAAGAUGUUAGUGGGUGGAAAUCAAGAGGGUGAUAUCAGAGGUGACGUGAAUGGGAAGACUGCUUUCUUAUCACGGGGCAAUUUGAAUGUGUUUGAGAAUGCAGUGACAGCUACUGGAGGAGAGCAACCAGCAAAAAUACACUUACUUGGGGUAGGGCACAUUUCUUAUCAUGUCAUGUGGAAACUUUGGACUGCUAGCCAGCCUGCUAAAAAAUUGAAUCUCUGCAUUGACGACCCCUUUAUCAAGAAGUGGAUUGAGAAGGAUGGGUUCCAGGGUUUAAAGAACUACGCAUCUAGCGCCGAAGACAAGGAGCUGGAAGUGAAAAUUGCAAUAGUGGAGAAAUACAACGUCCGGAUUCCUGAGUUGGUGGCGAGGAUAAAAACGAGUCACAUAUCGAAACUAGCCGAUGCAGAUUACAUAAUAGGCACAGUACACAAAGCCAAAGGCUUGGAGUUUGAUAACGUGCUAGUUGCAGACGAUUUUGUGAAAGUCCCUUGUGCCAGGCAUAAUCUCCAGAGGCUGCCUCACUAUAGUACCGACAUGGCUGCAGAAGACGAAUGGAACUUGCUGUAUGUUGCAGUGACUCGUGCCAAAAAGCAUCUGUUAAUGACAAAGUCCCUAGAAUACCUUUUGACUUUGGCAGGGGAGUAUUUCUUGCGGCCUGAGCUGACUUGUGAGGCCUUAAAGGAAGGGGCGGUUCGUUGCUCUGUGUCCGAGUGCCCCAACACUGUGCCGGCCGGCUCUAUUCUGACCAUGAAGAAAGUACCCAUCACUUACAGCAAUGGCACUCAAGACCCAGGUGGCUACCUGUGCCAUGCUUGUGUGCAGCAGCGUGUUGGCCCCUUGACACAGCUCGCCAUUCCCCCUGAACUGGUCCAGGCCAUGGAGGUCGUCGACGAAGUAUUAGAAAUCCCAGGGCACCUUGCGGUUCUCUAUGACCUCUUCUGAAAGCAGGAGGGGGCUGUUUUUAUGACGUCCUAGAUCUGGCUCUGAAGGCUUGGAAGUGAGGAGGUCUGAGGCGAAUACCUCUGUAUUGCCGCUGAUGUCCUUGGAGAAAUGAAGUGGAUGGACUUUGCAUGGGCUGCUCAAGAGAAGAAUAAGACACGAGCUGUCCAUGAGGAGGCCUGGGGUUACCUCUGUGUGGCAAGGGGGAACCUCGGUUGACGUGCCUCUCGCUGUACAAACAUGGACUGCGUAUCUUGCACAACUCUCGCUGCGCUUGCACUUGGCCGAUGUUCUUUCUGAACAUUUGCUUACUUGGCCCUCUUGUUGCCCGUCAUGGUGGUUCGUUCCCAUCAGUGCUGGGCAUCAGGGGAUUGGCUUUUAUGACCGCCCAUCGUUUUUGCACUAUUUAAGCUGAUUCCAAUGCAUUCUGGUCAUUGGGCAAAGGAGACAAAAUGCCAAGCUAAGGGAGAUGACACAAAAGUGUUUUAUUACUAACAAAGGAACUCAUUUCCGGAGUUAAUUUUCAUAGGGCGGAUCUCAUCUCUGGGGAGGAGUAGCUGACUACCCAGGCACCAAGUCGAGAACAUCUUUAAUGUAAUCUUGGAGUUCCCCCCUCCCUAUCUCUUCAUGUGCCUCUUUCUCAUCCUUGGUUCUCUCUCCCCUAUACAACAACCUCUUCAAACAAAACAAAAUCUGCUCAUCAAUUAAACCUCGGGAAGAUGAUUGUAGAGAAGAACCAGCGUGUCUUCUGCUGUGAUCACGUGUAAUAGAAGCCUUUUUGGAUUAAACAGUUUUUUAAUUAGAGGAAAAACUGUCUUUCAUUGUAUUUAUUCACUAAAGAUCCC